GCCUAUGGUCGAAUUAUUCAAACACAUUAUUUAUUGUGAAUAAUCGAGUUGAAGAAUCGCUUAAAGAUGUGAAUAAAAUCGAAAACAUGCACAAAGCAAGUGGCAUGGAAUUUUACUACUGAAAUGAUUGCACUAACCCACCCAAACCGGCACAACAAUGAUUAAAUUAUUAAAAACAUCAACAUCAAAACAAUUAUUAUAAACAUCUUUGUUUCACGUUUGAACAGCCACUAAUUCAUGACACUACACGAUUAUUUCCAGUUAAACUAAAAAAGAACAGUUUUUGCGAAAUUUAAAACAAAAAAAUGCUGUAAAACAGCAAAAUACGUCCCUUCAAAAUGAAAAAAAAUGUUUAAUUGAACAGACAUUCUUCUCGCGCAUCAGUGCAUAACGUCAAAAACCGUCCAUGAAAAACGAGGACAACUUUGCACUUCGCUAUGUUUUCACAUACCCGGGUAUAAUUAGCCGUGCGGAAUUAGUACCCUUGCUCUGGCCUUGCGCGCGGAACGGCGAUCCGCGCCGUUGGCUCGGGGAUAAAGUUGGGAAAGCAAAAUUACGUGUAUAAAAUUUCAAGCGUAUACGCCAAAUGGCAGUAUCAAAUUCAGAAAAAGAAAUGUCGUUAUAGAGACCUUAGAACCACAAACAAAAUCGCGAUAUAUACAUGUUAAUUGCACUUACUAUCAUUUGUAAAAAAUCCUUUACAUCCACUGUAGCUUCCAUGACCAACUUUAGUUCUUGCAAAAACACGAAUAUAAUAUUUCGUUGAUGCAUUCAAAUUGGUUACGAGCCACUCGCUUUUACUUGUGACAAUUGUUUGAAAGCAAGGACCAUUUUCUGAAUGUGAAACACACGCUGUACAGCUGAUAAUGACACCAUUUUGUUUAGUUGUCUCGGGAGGGUCCCAAGCGAAAGACAAUGACGAUGCACUUCUUGAUGUGGUUCUGAUGUUCAAUGGAGGACCGCUCGGAGCUAAAGCGUAUAUAGAACGAAGGUUUUUAUUUAGUACUUAUGUACCUGAAAGUAGACAUUUUGAAUGUAUGAGGAGCCAGAUGAGGACACUUUUCAUGACUGUAGAAAUUGUGGAAACUAUACUGAGUAUCUUAAUUCGAUAUAAUAUCAGUAACUUAGAAAACGAUAAACAUUUUGAAAAGUAUUGAUUCGACGUUUUGAUAGAUGUGAACGAGUUUUUUUCGAAACGUUUGGUCGUGAAUGUCGACGUCACUUUCUUCGAACAGUAGCGAGCAAAAAGACUGGAAACAGUUAUUUUUAAAAAAUAUAGAACACAUUUUAAAGACAUUACCACUUUAAAAUACGCUCAGCCUCAGAGCAAGCGUUUUCUAAGGUUUCUGUUCACGUUCUUUGUGUUUUUUUUUGCUGUUGGCAACAAUGCUUCAAAAUUAAGUGGAAAGCGAUUAUUUAAAAUGUUUCUGACAAUAUUGCCAUGCACUAAAUAUGCAGUCUUGAAUAGAACACGUUCUAGCUAUAUAACAGAUAUCUUCUAUAACACUCACCUUCUUCUGAUGUAGAGAACGAAGAAAUGAUCCCAUCACCAAAACCGACUUGGUAAUUUCCAGUAGCGACAUAUAUUUCAUAUGUAGUAUACGGAGUGAGAUUAUUUAUUUUAUAUUUAUUCACUUUUGGCGUGGUAAUGCUCAGGAUUAGAGAAUUAUCUUUCUUCAGUUGAAUCCACAAAUUUGUAAGACUAUAUGUUCCUCGAUUUUUAGGAUUUAGCCAACAUAUAUCAGCACUUCUAGGGGUGAUGUCAGUGACGGUGAGGUUUGUAGGUUUGUCUGGCAAUGCAGCUAGCGGGAAAAGUGCAAAAAAUUGUUAUAUGUAAAGUGUUUAACAGUGGCGGAAACUUUGCGGAAUAUUGGGGGACGAGCGAGUGCCAAGGCACGAGAUUUCUAGGGGGUAUGGGCGGAUACUCCCCAGAAAAUUUUUAAAAUUUGGAUCCCUCAAAUGGCAUGUGCAGCAUUCUGAGAGCACAUUUUGUAAGAAAUUUCAGGUUUUCAAAAUAUUAAUUUAGUGGUGCAUUUUCUUAUAAAUCAUAUGCUAAGCAUAAAAAAAUGACAUUUGAGAGAAAAUAUUCUAGAUGAUUAAAUACAUUUGCGAAUAGAAUUGCAAGGUGGUUUUACACUUUCUCAACAAGUCCCACGUAUUUGUAUGUUUAUAUCUUCGAUUCAGUGCAUGCUAUGAAGACAAUAAUAUACCACCAUUCGAUUCAUUGAAGUAAUUAAGUAAUAUCAAGUAAUUAAGUAAUAUAAAGUAAUUGUAAUAUUUAUGUUGCCUUAAAACCCUAUUUGACUUUAGGCCAUAUUUUCGCAAAGCCAAAAGUUCAGUAAAAACAAAUCAGAAAAUUAUGCUGUUUUUUCUAUACCAUGCGGUGACUGCCAGAAAGAGUAUUUGGGUCAGUACACGGCUAAAAGAUCAUCAAAAGGCUCUUUCAACUUUAGACAAGGGGAAUUCAUUUUAGCAGAACAUGUGUGUGACACCAAACACGAGAUUGCGUGGGAAAUCUCUAAAGUAAUUACUAAUUACCACAAACAAUCGCUAUGGUCAAAGACUAUGCCUAUAUAGAAGCGUGGCAUAUAAAUAUGAGUAAUCAUGCUUUGAAUAGGGAUGACGGUGCCUAAUUGCUAGAGGAGUACAUGCAUUGGCAGUGUAAUAUCCUAUGUUAUCACGUGUGGGUAACGUGACAAGUAGGGAGAGAUAGAAAGGAGAGAACAUGGAGACUUGAGAAUAAAAGUUGUAUUGAUGUUCAAAGAGAAUAUUACAAUGGCGACGAGGAUCUAUUAACACAAACAACAAAACAAUCCAGCGCAAGAUCUUACUCAAGUCAGAAAGAUCAGUGCACUCUUGUGUCCAUACUCAGAAACAUCAAGCCGUUCUAAGGCGAAAAACGUACGCUAGGCGUUUACACGUGGCGGGAAAGCAAGCAAACAAAACGCUUUAAAUUCUCGAUUCAACGGCUAAAAACAGCCUAAAAUACAACAAAACAUGGCAACAGCUCUGCCAACAUUCCCUUCCUUCGAUCCCAACGCGGACCAGGGAGCAACCGGCGUAAGAUUUAAGAAAUACAUCUCUCGUUUUCGAAAUUUGAUAGUCGCUACAGACAUCGAUGAUCCCAAACGUCAAAACGCGCUCUUGUUACACUACAUCGGUGAAGAAAUCAAUAAUAUCUUUGAAACACUCACAGUCAGUGCACCGGCUGAAGGAGAAGCAGUUCUAGACGUCACAAUUAAAGCACUAUCUGAAUACUUUACACCGAAGCAAAACCCUGUAUUCGAAGAAUAUAAAUUUCGCAACGCCAAACAAACCCACGACGAAGCUCUUAUGACGUACUAUACACGACUCAAACAACUUUCACUCACCUGUGAAUUUCACGAUGCCGAUUGCGAAAUCAAAUCUCAGAUCAUCCAACACGGCCGCUCGCAACUACUUCGACGAAAAGCUUUAAUCGAUCCAACUAUAACCCUGGCAAAACUUCUAGAAAUGGGUAAAGCGGCGGAGCUAGCCGACUCGCAAGCAGCGAACUUAGAACGAACAGAGAACGUCAGCCAUUUCACAGCCGGAAGUAGCAAAUACCACAACAAAGCACGCUUCCAACCCCGGAGCCCCGGUACCAGGGUGAAAUGUCGUAAUUGUGGAGGCACAUACCCGCAUGAAGGCGGAAAAACCGCUGUGGAAAACUUAACCACUUUCAGUCCGUAUGUAUCCAAGACAGACAACACUCAAACCCCACCAAACUACGUCAGCGACGCUACCCGCAAACAGCCGAACGACAGGACGUCCGAGCGAUGGACAACAUCGCAGAAACUGACUACAGCGAUCACAGCGACGAAGUUGGCGUGUUCCGAAUCAACGUCAACAACAUGACUUCGGAUCGCAACAAACACCCAUUAUUUGACGUCACCAUCGAAGGAACACUGCUGACCAUAAUGGCAGACUCGGAUUCCAGUAUCAGCAUUCUGGAUGAGCAAGAUUACAACAAGCUCUCCCCACGACCGAGUUUGGAGCAAACACGCAUCAAAGUUUAUCCUUACCAGACCGAGACACCCCUACCCGUCCUUGGGCAAUUUACCUCCACCGUCGCAUCGGAAAUAGUCAACCGCACAGAGACAUUCUAUGUUGUGAAAGGAACCAGUGGGUCAUUGCUUAGCUGGCGCACUUCUACCGACCUGCAGCUUCUCAAAGUCGUAAAGCCCAUUACACAUCAAAACAUUCCCACCGUUGAACAGCUCACCACCCACUACCGCACUUGUUCCAAGGACUCGGCAAGUUGAAAGAUUAUCACGUCCAGCUUCAUAUUGACGAAGGUGUACCACCAGUUGCCCAACCACACCGACGCGUGCCGUUCCAUGUGCGCAAACAACUUGAGGAACAGCUAAGUCAGGACGAAAAACUGGGUGUAAUCGAACGCGAGGAGGGCCCAACACCCUUGGUAUCGCCCAUUGUUGUGGCACCAAAGCCCAAGUCACCCGGAAAGGUCCGUGUAUGCGUUGACAUUCGUCGUGCAAACACAGCAGUCCAGCGUGAACGCCACAUCACCCCAAUGAUCAAGGAAAUCAUCGGCGAUUUGAAUGGUGCAACUGUCUUUAGCAAACUCGACCUCAACCAGGGUUACAACCAACUAGAACUAGCCCCGCUCCACUAAAGUCUUAUUUGCUAUUAUAUUUAUUAUAAUAAUAAGUGAUGAAAUAUUUCAAUUGUCCCGUGUCAUCUUCAUUAUUCAGUUCCUUUCAAGGAAAUCCAAAAUGUGAAUCAACUUUUUUCGCAGAUACAUGUACGCUUUGCGUACCUAUUUUUCUUAUAGCUAUGGAACCAGACAAAUCAACAAACCUCACCGUCAUUAACAUCACGUCUAGAAGUGCUAAAAUAUCUUGGCAAGAUCCUAAAUGUCAUGGGAUAAAUUAUUUGUAUCGCUUUCGGAUUAAACUGAAGAAAGAAAACUCUCUAAUCCUGAACUAAUGUUCACACAGGAAGAGUGAUGAAUAUGAAUUAAAUAAAAAAUCUCACCCCGUAUACUACAUAUGAAAUAUCUGUAGCUGCUGGAAGUUAUAAUUACUGAUGAAUUUGGUGAAGAGACUAUUACUUCGUUCUUAACAUCUGAACAAGGUGAGUGUUGAAAGAUUUGUGUUUUACUGCAAGACAAAACAUUGUUCCUUUAUAGUCUAUAUACACUCAAAAUUCUCCUUCAGUAACAUAACAUUUAAAUAUAAACAUCUGCUUAUAUAUACACUUUAGUUCCAAGCGGUCCUCCAUUGAACAUCAAAACCACAUCAAGAAGUGCAUCGUCAUUGUCUUUCGCUUGGGAUCCUCCUGAAAAGACUAAACAAAAUGGCGUCAUUAUCAGUUACACAGCGUGUUUUUCACAUUCAGAAAAUGGUCCUUGCUUUCAGACAUUCAUCACAAGUGAAAGAAAGUGGCCCACCGUUGAACAGCUCACCACCCACUACCGCACUUGUUCCAAGGACUCGGCAAGUUGAAAGAUUACCACGUCCAGCUUCAUAUUGACGAAGGUGUACCACCAGUUUCCCAACCACACCGACGCGUGCCGUUCCAUGUGCGCAAACAACUUGAGGAACAGCUAAGUCAGGACGAAAAACUGGGUGUAAUCGAAUGCGAGGAGGGCUCAACCCCCUUGGUAUCGCCCAUUGUUGUGGCACCAAAGCCCAAGUCACCCGGAAAGGUCCGUGUAUGCGUUGACAUGCGUCGUGCAAACACAGCAGUCCAGCGUAAACGCCACAUCACCCCAACGAUCAAGGAAAUUAUCGGCGAUUUGAAUGGUGCAACUGUCUUUAGCAAACUCGACCUCAACCAGGGUUACAACCAACUAGAACUAGCCCCGGAAUCCAGGUACAUUACCACCUUCAGCACCCACCCCGGGCUCAUGCGCUACAAGCGACUCAACUUUGGAAUAUGUUGUGCCGCCGAAAUCUUUCAGAACUCCAUUCGCGAGAGUCUUGACGGCAUCCCGGGCGCAAUCAACAUCAUACUCGUUUUUGGCAAGACCCGGAAGGAGCAUGAUCAAGCACUCGCAGCAGUAUUUCAGCGGCUUCGAGAAUGCGGGCUGACCUUGAACAAACUCAAGUGCGAGUACAGCAAGAACAGCCUUGAGUUCUUCGGGUACGUUUUUGGUGCAGAUGGCAUGGCCCCUGAUCCAAAGAAAGUCCAAGAUAUCCUAAACCUCAAAGCCCCAACGUCAGUCACAGAAGUCCGUAGCCUGCUAGGCAUGACCAACUGCUGUGCACGAUUCAUCGAGGGAUAUGCCACAAUUACUGAACCUCUGCGAGCCCUUACCCACUAGAACCAUGCCUGGGAGUAAACGGACAAGCAGGAACAUGCCCUGGCCCAGCUCCGGCAUGUGUUGGCCAAUGCACCUGUCACAGCGUACUUCAACCCUGAGAAAACAAAUGAAAUCUCUGUUGAUGCAAGCCCGGUUGGGCUGGGCGUCAUCUUAGCGCAAAUCGAUCCCACAACCAAAGUCAAGCGUCCCUGACCACCACCGAGCAACGCUACAGCCAGACUGAGCGCGAAGCCCUCGCUGUAGUAUGGGCAUGUGAACAGUUUCACCUCUACAUUUACGCCAAGCCAGUCAAUGUCUACACAGACAACAAGCCCCUCGUUGGUAUCUAUGGCAACGCGAACUCGAAACCACCUGCUCGUAUCGAAAGAUGGGCACUCAGACUUCAACCAUACCAGACCACCGUGCAUUACCGAAAAGGAGAAGAAAAUCCUGCAGACCAUAUGUCUAGGCACCCUUCCAGUCACACCGAACCCUGCAGCAGACAGGAAAAAGUUGCAGAAGAGUACAUUAACUACAUUGCCACAACUUCAACGCCAACUGCAAUCACCCUCAGCAUGAUUGCAGAAGCCACAGGACGUGACCCAACCCUCCGUGCCGUCAUAGACGCCUUUCAAUCAGGCAAGUGGCAUGAACUAGCCAAGCAUCCAAAGGUCGACACUGACACAUUUCACACAUACGAACGCCUCAAAGAUGAGUUAACCGUUGGAACAACAACCCAAGUAAUCAUUCGCGGAACGAAAUUAGUGAUUCCAAACAAGCUACAACGUCGCCGCGUGGUGGACUUGGCUCACGAAGGUCACCAAGGCAUUACCAAAACCAAAUCCCUACUACGAGAGAAGGUGUGGUUCCCUGGAAUCAACAAAAUGGUCGAAGAACGAGUUAAAUCCUGUCUCGCAUGCCAAGUUGCAACCCUGGAGGCAGCACGUGAGCCGUUACAAGUGUGUACUCUGCCCGAUCAAGCGUGGGACGAGAUAAGCGUUGACUUUGCUGAACUCUCGACAGGGGACUACCUCUUGGUGGUAUCUGACGACUACUCACGCUAUCCAAUUGUUGAAGUUAUUUGGGACACUUGUAAGUCCAAAAUAAGUUAUUUGGGACACUUGUGUAGUCCAUCUCUCUGAAAAGGAAAAACUUUUGGUUCUGGCCAUGGUUUUUUUAUUAGUUCCGGCCGCAACUAUGAAAAAUCAGGGUUCCGGCCGCAACAGCGUUCCAGUGCACCCCUAACAUUGGCAGUGUAAACAACAAGUGGCAGAACUUUUGCUUCAUAUGAUUACAAUAAAGUUUUGAAACUUCAUGGUUUGACAAGUGACAGUUUACUAAAUAGCCGGCUGUUGGCUGGGGGGGGGGGGAGAGCAUUUGUUAUUGCUGCCCAACCACACCGACGCGUGCGGUUCCAUGUGCGCAAACAACUUGAGGAACAGCUAAGUCAGGACGAAAAACUGGGUGUAAUCGAAUUCCGAGCCGAAAAGAAUGAAAAAGUAAUUGAUGCAUCAUUUAUUAAUUAGAUCUUUUACUUUCGCUGUCAGUAGAGCACACUCUACUGUAGUUCAUCACGAUAUUAUUUUUUUGUAACGAGUAUUUAUUACAAUUUAAACAUUAUAUUUUGACCUCUUUCGUAUCUAGUUUUGUUGCCUAUAAAUCUCACCGUCACUAACAUCAAGCCUAGAAGUGCUGAAAUUGUAAUAUAAUCUGAUUGCUAAUGAUUAUUUAAUUAAUUAUUGUUGACACUAUGAUCUAAGACCUUGAGAGCCUAGAUAUUGUUAUAGACAGUUGAACUAGAGACACGUAAGCAGUAACACCUAUAUGUAUAAUACUAUAGCAGUUAUAAAUAAAAGACUAGAACUUAUUACAUGGUGUCAGGAGUGAACGACACUCACGAGUAAAACACGACUAAUGGCAUCUGGCAGCAUUCAGUGGGCAGCACCCAAACCAUUGCAUUUGGAGGGCAACGUAAGCGAGAAUUUUCGCAAGUUCGCGGAGCACUGGACGCUAUUCGAAAAAACAGAACUCAAAGGAAAGUCAGAAGAGGAGAAAUGUUCUUAUUUUUUGCUAUGUAUAGGAGAAAAAACGAGAGAGGUACACAAAACUUUAGCUUUCUCAACCCCAGAAACGUCAACAAACACCGAAGGUGCGACAGUUUGGAAGAGAACAACUCAGGAACUUAAAACAGCUUUUAAAGCAUACUGCAACCCGAGGAAAAACCUGACAUUUGAACGACAUAAAUUCAACACCCGUAACCAAGACGAGAAUGAAACUAUUGAUCAGUAUGUCACCGCUUUACGUACUUUGGCAGCAACCUGCGAAUUCGAAAGUCUACACGACGGCUUGAUACGCGAUAGAAUCGUUUGCGGUAUUAAAGCACAAACCCUGAAAGAACGUAUGUUACGCGAGAACGAUUUGACCUUACAGAAAGCUAUAGAUAUAUGCCGCGCUGCAGAGACAUCUCGAGAUCAACUAAAAUCGUUGUGCGGCGGUGAGAAGAAAAACAUCAUUGAUACUUUAGGACGAGAUCGACGAAACCGCUACACUCACGAAGCGUCCCACCAGAAAUCCAACAACUGUGGACGAUCUCAUGCACCCAAAACCUGUCCAGCGUACGGCAAACCUUGUAAUCACUGUCAUAAGUUAGGACACUAUGCCAAGUUUUGUCGCUCGAAGACAAAACAAAACAAACCAGUGAAUGAUAUCGAAGUAGACAGCGACGUAUCUGAGCACGGUAUUGAUACGGUUCAAAGCCCCACUAUGCAAGAGAAUGGACACGCCACACUGAAAAUUAAUUAUAACAAUACGUCAGUGCGACUAAAGCUCGAUUAUGGCGCGGAAACGAACAUUCUCACUCAUCAUGAUUUUCUGAAAGUUAUACCAAAACGUCAGCUAAAUAACAAACUCAAACGCAGUGCUGCAAAAUUGACUGCGUUUGGUGGACAUAACAUUCGUGUGCUAGGAAAAUGUUAUCUUCGCUGUCAAUACAAAAACGUAACACAGAUUCUCGAGUUCCAUGUUGUCGAAAGCGGUUCAUCUCUUUUGGGUUGUACCAAUUUGCAAGAGCAUUAAACUUGUAUCAUUCCACAACGUGAAUCAACUCAACAACGAAGCAUCGAGUCCCGGGACGGCAAAAAGCGCACUCACGGGGCUAACGAGUGAACAAAUAUUUGACAAAUAUGCCCCUUGUUUUGAAGGUAUUGGCAGAAUAUCCGAACCAUAUCACAUCAAGAUUGAUGAUAGCGUCACACCGGUAGUUCACCCGCCUCGUAAGCUUCCGGCAACAUUACGAGAUCGAGUUCAAGCAGAACUUUUCGAUAUGGAGAGGAAAGGCAUUAUAAAAGCAGUUAAUGAGCCAACCGCGUGGGUAAACUCGAUGGUCGUAAAUGAGAAACGGUCCGGACGACUCCGAAUUUGCAUCGAUCCUCGAGAUUUAAACAAGGCGAUUCGCAGAGAACAUUAUCAAUUACCUACACAGCAGGAAAUCACUAGUCGCUUGACAGGUGCGAAAUUCUUUAGUAAACUCGAUGCAACGCCUGGAUUUUGGCAAAUGCCGCUCGAUGACGAAAGCUCGUAUCUCACGACGUUCAACACACCAUUCGGGCGUUAUCGCUUUACUGUUGUUCCCUUUGGCAUGGUCUUCGCGCAAGAAGUUUUCCACAAAACGGUCCACGAGAAAUUCAACGAUAUUCCUGGCUGUGUAACUGACAUCGACGACAUUCUCAUCUGGGGACGCACAAUCGACGAACACGACUUACGUCUCGAACAGGUUCUAAAUCGCGUCAAAGAAAUAAACAUGACUUUGAGUCAAGAAAAAUGCCAGUUUCGUCAAACGGAAGUUACCUAUCUCGGUGAGAGACUAACUCAAGAAGGCGUUAAGCUGGAUGGCGCCAAACUUAAAGCGAUAAGAGAUUACGUCAAGCCCACCAACAAACUCAAAGCCCAGGCAACGAAUGGCGUCAGACCAAGCUGCAUGGAGACAGUGAGCUCCAUAUAUAUCUGAAGCGAGAACCCAAGUUUGCUCCUAAAGUCUCUGACGUCACCGCCCCCCCUACGCGAAUUAAUCAAGAAAAAUGUCGCAUUUCACUGGCUAGACACACAUGACAGGGCGUUCGGAGAACUGAAACGCGUUUUAACGGACUCUGAAACCCUGCGAUAUUAUAAUGUGACGAAAGGGGUAACUCUGCAAGUCGACGCAUCACAGCACGGGCUUGGUGCAGCUUUACUUCAGGACGAUGGCCCUGUCGCAUUCGCCUCUAGAGCCAUGAAUGAUACGCAGCGACGGUAUGCUCAGAUCGAGAAAGAGCUACUGGCUAUUGUGUUUGGCUGUAAACGGUUCCACCAGUAUGUUUAUGGCAAGACAAUCACCGUGGAAACCGAUCACAAACCGCUAGAGAGUAUUUUCCGCAAACCGUUAUCGCAAGCACCCAGCAGACUUCAGAAGAUGCUCAUGCAAAUCCAAGAGUAUGAUAUCAAUCUCGUGUACAAGAAGGGCUGUGAAAUGUACCUCGCUGAUGCGCUUUCGCGCGUUUUUCCCCCAGAAAUCGUUCACAAACAGUUCGAAGCAGACAUAGACUCGGAACGUUUUGUUCAUUUAAUGUCAAUCGAGUCCUAUGUUACAGAUCGCGAAAUACAAGCUAUUCGCUCGGAGUUAUCUACGGACCAGACGAUGCAAUUACUUCAACAGCAAAUUCAAACCGGCUGGCCAGAACACAGAUCUCUCGUUCCGCCAGAUAUUCGUGCAUAUUAUCAAGAUCGACACGAACUGACAACGCAAGAUGGGCUAAUUUAUAAAGCUCAUAACAUAUUGAUUCCUCCUAAACUGCGUAGAGAUACUCUUACCAAGUUGCAUCAGUCGCAUCAAGGUAUGGAGAAAACGAAAGUCUAGCUCGAGAAAGUAUAUAUUGGCCCGGUAUGAACGCCGAGAUUGACAACGUGGUAUCCAGCUGCGAGACAUGUCAAACCAACAGCAACGCCAAUACACGCGAGAAACUACAACCCCAUCCCGUUCCCAGUCGACCAUGGCAACAAAUUGGAACUGAUUUGUUCGAGUGGAAAGGUAAACCUCAUCUCGUUAUCGUAGAUUACUACAGCCGUUAUCCCGAAGUCGCUGAACUCAGGGACACCAAAGCUCGAACAGUUAUAGCAAAAACUAAAUCUAUCUUCAGUCGCCAUGGUAUUCCGGACAACGUCAUCUCUGACAAUGGUCCCCAAUACUCGUCAGAUGAAUAUCGCCAGUUCUCGCAAGAUUACGACUUCCAACAUACCACCAUUAGCCCCCGAUACCCUCAAUCUGGAGGGUUACAUGAGAAAACUGUCCAAACUGUUAAACGUAUCUUGGAGAAGUGCGCAGCAACCCAACAAGAUCCCUACCUUGCCCUACUCGACUACAGAAAUACUCCUAUCGAUGGAGUCAGCCCAGCUCAAGCCUUGAUGAGCCGAAGACUUCGCUCCACCCUUCCUGUCGCCACCACAAAGCUCGACCCUUCGCUGAUCAACAGCUCCACUUUUCGGUCUUCCCGAGAAAAUGAGCAAGAACGACAGCAAAAGUAUUUCAAUCGAAAUGCAAAGAAUCUUCCUUCGUUAGCAAUAGGCGAGACUGUGUGAUUCAGAAAAGAUCCUGAUUCAAAGUGGACGCUGGCUACCGUUGUGGAGAAAUUAUCAACUCCGCGAAGUUAUCUACUCCAAGCUGAAAAUGGAUCAAGAUAUAGAAGAAACAGAAUUCAUAUACGCAAGACUAACGAGAGACCUCUACAAACAGACAGUCCAGACCAAGUGGAGAAUCUUAUGCCAACAACCAUCACCGAAACACAACCAAAGGUACCGAGCACGAGCACCCCAACUAACCCUUCCACAACGCAGGCUACCAAGAAAACAAGUCGCUAUGGAAGAUUGAUCAACCCUAAUCCAAUAUAUAAAACUUAAGACUUUCAGUACAAUAGUUUUAAGAACCACAUCAUAAUGACUGAUCGCAAUCAAAGUUAUAUUUGAGUUUUGUUAUGUUUUAAUAGGAUAAAUAAAUUUAAUCAAUUUAAUCUGAAAAAGGGAGAUGUAAUAUAAUCUGAUUGCUAAUGAUUAUUUAAUUAAUUAUUGUUGACACUAUGAUCUAAGACCUCAAGUGCCUAGACAUUGAUAUAGACAGUUGAACUAGAGACACGUAAGAAGCAACACCUAUAUAUGUAUAAUACUAUAGCAGUUAUAAAUAAAAGACUAGAACUUAUUACAACGACAAUUUUGGAAAUUUAGUUACAAGGAAAAUUUUAUUCAGUGGGUAAAAGUCGGGUAAAUUUCUUUCUGGCUCCCUGAUUUUUUCCCGCCCGUACGCCUAUGACGGCUGAACUAAUUUCAUUCAGGGGCGGAUCUAGGG